UUCGUCUCUCUCUCUCUCUCCACCAUUUGUAUAUAUAUCUAUAGAAGCCAUGGAUGAAGAACAAUUCACACGAACAAAGAAAGCCACCAAAGCUUUAAAAGCUCGAGUAGAUGCUAUAGAACGACAUUUGGAACCUCUUUUAAAGAAGGAUCUUGUGGAUACCUACAAUACUUUACCGAUCAAUGAAAAAUGUCAACUGGAUAUGGUAUUAGCUUACGCCAUUAAUACCUUAUACUAUAUGUAUAUUCGAACACAAGGACAAAAUCCUCAACAACAUGAUAUUUACACCGAAUUGAAAAGAGUACAACAAUAUAUUGCAAAGAUCAAAGAGGCAGAAGGACGAGGACCAAAACAAACUUUGAAAUUGGAUAAGGAAGCAGCAGGAAGAUUUGUCAAAGCAGCACUUAAUAGCAAGGUCAACAAGGAUCAAUCAACAACAUCAACCGGGAAACGACGAGCACAAGAUGAAAAAAGCAAAAGUGAAACAAUUGAAGUGGAUAGCGAUUCAUCAGAAGAUAACGAACCCAAGAAGGCGAAACAAUGGAAAGAGGAUGUCAAAGGUCAAGCACCAUCAAAAAAGAAGGCACGCAUAGAUCCAUUCCGAGAUUAGUUUAGAUGAUAGUAU